AUGGGGAGCUCAUUCCCCGACGAAAACCCCUCCCCAUCGCGGUGGGAAGCAUCGUGCGGUUUGGAUAUAGCACCCGGGCGUACGAACUCCGCGCAGGCUUGCCACCCUCCCGCGAGGAAUCCCGAAAACGCCCGCGAACGGAUCCUUCAGGGGAGCCCCACGGCCCCCCCCCCCCCUCCCUCCCCUUCCCCUUCCCUUUCCCUUUCCGCCGUGGAGGAAAUCCCCCCGACGGCCAUCGAAUCCGCCGUGAAAGGGGAAGCCGAGGAAACCGCCGAGGGGAUGCCUUCCGUUUCCGUGUCGUCGCCAUCCCCUCGCCGCGCGCAUCUGUUUCAUCUCGUGAUUAAACACCACGAGGUCGCGCAGCCCGUCUCGCGUGGGCGAAACAAAGGCGAGGUGAUCACCCGCUCCUACGCGGAUGCGCUUGAGAUCGCGUCGUUUAUUCGCGCCCGCCACGAAACGCGCGCGGGGAAGGGGGGGUUGUGGACCCCGGAGGAAUUCGCGGCGGCCGUCGGGGAGUUUUGCGAGCUCGCGAGCGCCCGGCGGGGGGGGGAUUUGGGCGUCGUGGAGGAGGGCACCUUCGCGGAGGCCUUCGACGCCGCGGCCUUCGCGCUUCGGCGAGGGGAGGUGAGCAAACCCGUCGCCACCCCGCUCGGGAUUCAUCUCAUCUACCGCUGCGAUUAA